UGGUUCUGUCAAAAUUUACCAAAGCAUGCGUCAGUAUUAAAGAAAAGAGAUUAUCUGCGGGAGAGGACAGCUGAUAUAGAUACAUCUGUCACCAAAGUAAUUAUAUCUUAUUUAGUAAAUAUAUGGAUUUAGUGUAAAAAAAUAAAUAUAUGUUCAUAUAUACACACGAUAAAAAUAUAUUGACACUAUCUGGCAUCAAAAUGAAUGUUGUUACCGCUUUGAAGUUUUAUAUAACGAAAAUGACAGAAGACAGUGGUCCUGGUAUGAAAAUUUUGCUAAUGGAUAAACAAACGACAAGUAUAGUCAGCUUACUUUAUAGUCAAUCUGAGAUAUUGAUGAAAGAAGUAUAUUUAUUCGAGCGAAUAGAUACUGCUGUACAUAACGAUACUUUAAAACACUUAACAUGUAUAGUAUUCGUAAGACCAACCAAGGAAAAUAUUGAUUUGCUUUGUAAAGAGCUUAAAUAUCCUAAAUAUGGAGUAUAUUAUAUUUAUUUUAGUAAUAUUAUUGCAAAAGCAGAUAUAAAGCUUUUGGCAGAAAGUGAUGAACGAGAGGUAGUUAGAGAAGUACACGAAUACUAUGCAGAUUAUCUAGCGAUUAAUCCACAUUUAUUUUCACUUGGAAUAAAUGCUUGUUCUGAAGGGCUUACAUGGGAUCCAGUGCAUUUACAUAGAACUGUCCAAGGAAUAACUUCAGUUUUAUUAUCAUUAAAGAAAUGUCCAUACAUUAGAUACCAAAAUAGUUCCAAUAUGGCAAAGAGAUUAGCGGAAAAAAUAAGGGAAGUGCUCAGUAAAGAAUCUAGCUCUUUUGAAUUCAGACAGGAAUCUAAUCCUAUCCUUCUAAUAGUCGAUAGAAGAGAUGAUCCUGUUACACCUUUGUUAAACCAAUGGACAUAUCAAGCAAUGGUACAUGAACUGCUGACAAUCAACAACAAUCGCGUUAAUUUAUCUCAUGUGAAAGGUAUUUCAAAAGAACUGAAAGAAGUUGUUCUCAGUGCAGAACAUGAUGAUUUUUAUGCAAAUAAUUUGUAUCUAAACUUUGGUGAAAUUGGACAAACGAUAAAAGAAUUAAUGGAGGAGUUUCAAAAGAAAGCAAAAAAACAUCAGAAAGUUGAAAGUAUUGCCGACAUGAAACAUUUUGUAGAAACAUAUCCGCUUUUCAAAAAACUUUCGGGCACUGUAUCAAAACAUGUUACGGUAGUCGGAGAACUUUCGUCUCUUGUCGAAAAGCAUAAUUUAUUAGAAGUAUCAGAACUGGAACAGGAAUUGAGUUGUCAAACUGAUCAUUCUUCACAGCUGCAAAAGAUAAAAGCGCUUAUCAAUAAUCAAAAAGUACGAGAUAUCGAUACCGUCCGGCUUGUUAUGCUUUAUGCGCUUCAUUAUGAAAAAUAUGCGAAUAAUGACAUAAAUGGUUUAGUAGAAUUGCUUAAAAAAAGGAAUGUUUCAGAUAAAUAUAUCAAGCUUGUAUAUAAUAUAUUAGAGUAUAGCGGCGUUAAUGCAAGACAGAGUAAUUUAUUUGAUCGAGAAGCAGUUGCCAAAAUAACUAAAAAACUAUUCAAAGGAUUAAGCGGAGUAGAUAAUAUAUACACGCAGCAUUGUCCUUUGAUAAGUGAAACAUUAGAAGACUUAAUAAAAGGAAAGUUAAACACUCAAAUAUUUCCAUAUCUUGGUAAUAUGAUAAUGUCGAAAAGACCUCAAGAUGUAAUAGUAUUCAUGAUUGGAGGUGCUACUUAUGAAGAAAGUUUGGCUGUUUAUAAUUUAAACAAACAAAAUCCGGGAAUAAAAAUUGUUCUAGGUGGUACUACCAUUCACAAUUUUAAAAGUUUUGCGGAAGAGGUACACCAUGCUACUAGCGGUAUAUUAAUGCGAUAUAAAAUCGGAAAAAAUUAACAAUAUUGAAAAAUAUCAUCACAUAUUCCAAAAUAUUUAUUUGUU